UGUCAAUCCAGUUAAUAUCCAUAUUCAGUUUGGAGUUUUUAUCAGAUGAAGAUGUUUUAUCGUAAGCUAGGAGCCUUGUAUGAUAGCAUAUUUGGACGUGCUACAUAUGAAUAUCUUCAUAUGAAUUGCAACUUCAGGAACAACAAUUAUAAUGAAAUUAAUUCUAGAUCUUUGAGAAAGUAUUUAUCCCUGUUGGCUACUUUAGGAUACCUCACUUAUCAUUUCAAUUAUUGUAAUAAAAGAAAAUAUGUUUUCGCCAAGGAAGAUAUCAAAAACAUGAGUUCUACAGCAGCUUUUUCAUCCUCCGAAAAAGAUACUUCUCGACCAAUUCCACCUCAUUUGACAGCCCCUAAGAUUCCUGAACGUCCGGAUCUCCCCACUUAUACGAGGUCUGAUCUUCUCAAACAUCGAUGCCGCAAUGAAGGCGUAUGGGUUACAUAUCAGAGUGGUGUCUAUGACAUAACUGAAUUCCUGGAUAAGCAUCCAGGAGGUGACCAAAUAAACCUGGUUUCUGGAAAAGCAGUUGAAGGUUUUUGGAACUAUUCACUCGUUCAUUAUGCUCCCCAUGUUCUGGAACUUAUGGAAAAAUAUAGAAUAGGAAAUCUGCGUGCUCAAGAUGUCAAGAGGGAUUUCAUUGAAAGAAAAAUUUACGUUAAUGAACCCACAGAUCGUCAUCCAUGCCUGAUUCCACUGACCAAAGAACCUUUUAAUGCUGGUGUAUCAGAAUCGUUACUUUAUACCCAUCCUAUCACCCCCAACGAGUUUCAUUUCAUCAGAACCCACGGUCCAGUACCAGAAGUAGAUUUAAAGAAUUACUUUCUGGAGAUUGCGAUCGAAGGACAAAAAAAAAGUCUGAAAUUGACCCUUGAAGAUUUGAAAAAGUUUCCAAAACAUUCAGUCAACGCCACAAUAAUGUGUGCAGGAAACAGGAGGGACGAGAUGAUGAUGGUGAAACCUAAAAAAGGGUUGCGAUGGAGUCUCGUGGCCACCGGAAACUCAAUUUGGUCUGGCGCUAAACUAAGUGACAUAUUGGCUAAAGCUGGACUAACAGAAAAAGAUGAGACAACAUAUAAUCAUGUACAGUUUGAUGGCAUGGACACUGAUUUUCGGGGAGACUUUUUUUCCAUGUCGAUUCCUUUAUGGAAAGCAGUGGACAAGAGAGGCGAUGUAAUAAUAGCUUAUGAAAUGAACGGAGCACCUAUUCCUGUGGAUCACGGUUUUCCUGUUCGUUCGCUUGUACCAGGAUUUGCCGGGGCUCGCUCAGUGAAAUGGUUGCAAAAAGUCACUGUGCAGAAAGAAGAAUGUCAAACCUUCAAUCACCAGAGAUUAUAUAAGGGUUUUUCGCCAAAUGUUUACUAUGAGAACUUGGACUGGAACAUGUCACCGGCUAUUGAUGAACUUCCUGUUAUUUCCGCUAUUUGUGAGCCUGUUAAUGGAGGAACUGUAAAGGUGUCGAAUGGCAAAAUCAAUAUUAAAGGAUAUGCCUUUUCUGGCGGUGGACAGAAGAUUAUUAGGGUGGAUGUGAGUGCAGAUCAAGGAGAAAAUUGGCAUACUGCAAAAUUUACUUAUCAGACAGAUGUGAAACCACCACGUCAUUAUUCCUGGAGUUUAUGGUGUUGUGAAUUGCCUGCUCCGAAGGGUAAAAAUUGUGAGAUAUGGGUCAAAGCAGUGGAUUCCAAUUACAAUACUCAACCAGAAAAAUUUGAACAUAUUUGGAAUUUGAGAGGAGUAAUCUGCAAUGCCUACCACAAGAUAAAAGUGAAUUUGUCAUAAUCUACAGGUCGGUACUCGAAUG